AUGGACCAAAAAUUAAUUCAGGAUUUCAAUCAAGAUUUGAAAAAAGAGGAAGCUAUUGGAUAUUUAUCUAAUCUAUGUUUAGGUUUCUUUAAAAAUAUUAAACAUCCGAUUUUUAAAGGAGUAAUUAAAAUAAAUUUUAAAAGACCAAAAGAUGAUGAUGCAUUGAACAGAUGGGCUUCUACAACCGCAGCAAUACCAACUGUUGGAAAAGUUAUUAUUGAUGAUUUUAAGAUUACAAUCCCAUCAGUGGAAUAUCAAGAAAUGUAUAAAAUACAAUUAAUAANUAUUAAAGAACCGAUUUUUAAAGGAGGAAUUAAAAUAAAUUUUAAAAGAACAAAAGAUAAUGAUGCAUUGUACAGAUGGGCUUCUACAACCGUAGCAAUACCAACUGUUGGAAAAGUUAUUGUUGAUGGUUUUAAGAUUACAAUUCCAUCAGUGGAAUACCAAGAAAUGUAUAAAAUACAAUUAAUAAAUGAAUUAACAAAAUUAUCUUAAGGAAAUAAUUACAGGUUAAAUUUUAGAUCUUGACAAUGUAUAGAUGAAACUAACAUAAGUGGAAAAACAUUCAAGAAAAAUAUCGCUAGUACAUAUAGAAAUAUCCAUAAUCCAUUAUUCGCAAUUGUAGAUUUUCAAACAAAUGGAUUAGAAACACAAGAAAAAAAAGCUUCUAUAUUUCAACAUUGUAAUGUAAAAAAUAUUUGGUUAGAAAUUGACGGACAAAGAUAUCCACAGGAAUCAUUAAACUUAGAUUGGAAAAAUGAAAAGUUUUCACUUGCUUAUGAUAUGUAUAUGUCAUAUAAGAAAACUUUUUAUAAAACACAUCAAGAACUUCCUCUGAUGUAUCUUGAUCCUAGAAGUUUUAAAAGUUCAAGACCAAUGUAUGUAUUAAAUCUUACUAGACAACCGGAUAAUGUUAGUGGAAAUAGAAAUAAUAUUAUUUUGAAUGCAGAAUUUAAUGAGGAUGUACCAAAUGAUACAAUUUGCUAUAUUUGUUUAGUUUCAACUUCUGAAUUUACAUAG